UUCAUCUUCAACACCAACAAAAUAAUUUGUGGGGAGAAAAAUCAACAAUGAAGUUGCAGAUUGUGAUCUUGCUUUUCAUAAUAUUUCUUGCUAUGCAGGAAAAUUCUAUUUCACUUGCUCGUCGAGUAAAGAAAGGAAGUCAUUUGUUAACAACAAAGAAAGAGAUGGCAGCAGAGAGUGAUUGCUUCAGUUUAACAAAGUCAGUUGAGAAAAUUGCAAGGAAACUGACAGUUGAAGCAACAAAGAAAGUGGUUUCCAAUUCUCUUGGAAAGACUAAAGGUGAAGAAGAAGAAGAAGAAGAAGAAGAAGACGAUGAAAAUUCAGUAAUGGCGUUCAGCUCGGAUUAUCAUCCACCGAAGCCACAUCCUCCGAAGAACAACUGAUCUAGAUAAGUAUAGAGAGAGAGGUGAAGUGAGAGAGCAAUUUUCCCCCUGCUCUUGCUUUAGCUCUCUCAAAACAAAAGCAUAUAUAUAUAGUAUACAGUUUUGUAUUGUAUUUGUAUGUAUCAGAUCAUAUCAAGAAUCAAAUAGUUUUGUUCAGAAUCAUUUGUUCUUUAAUUGCGGAAGAGAAUUUUUAA